AACCCGUACCAGCCACUAUAGCGCGGCUAGUGUUUCACUGUUUUGCCUUCCUCUAAAGCAAGCAUAGACACAGUAACUCGGCUGAGUGAAUGUAGCGCAAGCAAGCUUAGCUAGCGGACAUUCAUCACGAAACGUACUCCUUGUCAGUAAUCUGAAUGCAUGGUAGUUGGAAUUCUGCAGACAUAACGCCAAAUUCACGCGCUUAGGGGCGUCAGACCUAGCCAUGAGAGAGGUUGUACUUGUCUUUCUCGGGGUUCUGGCUGGAGCCAUAGCCCAAACCAGCCCAGACUGUGACUUUGAAAAAGGCAUGUGUUACACACAAGAUAGCACAGACACAUUCGACUGGACAUGGGACAUAGCGAACAGUCCCCUCACCGACCACACUACGACAGUCACGUCUGGAAGCACAUUCACUACCGCCGGUAAUGGGCAAGGCGCGCCGUGUGUGUUCCCGUUCACAUACAGUGGCACAAAGUACAGCAGUUGCAUAACAUCCAAUCACAAUUACCGAUGGUGCAGCACUACAAGCAACUACGACAAAGACGCCAAAUGGGGGAACUGUCUACCAUCUGGAAUCCAUUCGCUUGGCUGCUACGUGGACAAGAGGCAGCGUUCCCUGCCCACUUAUCUCGGCUCUAAUGGCAAUAAAGCGGAUCUUAUCAACUGGUGUUACGGCAAAGCCAAACAACGCGGCUUCAAGGUGUUUGGAGUACAGAAUGGCGGCGAAUGCUGGUCCGGAUCCAACGCUCAUCUCACCUACAACAAAUACGGACCUAAGACAAGCGGUUGCCAGGACGGGCUCGGUGGAGGCUGGGGAAACGAUGUGUACAUCAUCAGAGGGUGGUUUGCCAUAAUCAACAAAAACUCCCUUGGUAGUAAUGAAAAAGCUCGUAUCAUCAGCCCUUCCCAGUCCUCCACAGGGGCCAACAGUAACUGUCUGACGUUCUGGUACUAUAUGUACGGUCCUAAAGUAGGCACACUGAACGUCUACCUCAACUCCACAUACAACGCAUCACUUGGGUACCCUGUGUUCCAGAGAUCUGGCUCUCAAAGCCCAGGAUGGAACAUGGGUGAAGUAAACAUUCAACAAACUUACGGAUACUCGAUCGUGUUUGAGGGGCAGGGCGUGUCCUCCUUCCGUGGGUCCAUAGCAAUUGACGAUAUCAAAAUGUCUUCCGGGGCCUGCCCAGCGAUAGUCGGAGUGUGCGCUUUUGAAACCGACAACUGCGGUUUCACGCAAGCGACCGACGAUGAUUUCGACUGGAGACGACAUCGGGGCGGGACAGCAACGCCCGGGACAGGCCCCUUGAGUGACCACACCCUAGGAAGCCGCCAAGGUUAUUACUUCUACGCGGAGGUGAACAAUCAGCGCAACGGGGACAAAGCCCGUAUGAGCAAAAAGUACAAAAAGACCUCUCCAAGUGGCCGGUGCCUCGAGUUCUGGUACAUGAUGUACGGUCGAGAACUGGGCGAUCUCAAUGUCUAUCUUAAACCUGAUGGUGGUGCACUAGGCGCUCCUAUCUUUAAUACCUCUGGCGACGCAGGAUUAGGUCGCACAUGGCUUAAGGCACAAGUCACUCUUAAUAGCACCGUAGACUUUUCGGUUGUGUUCGAGGGCACACGAGGGUCGGGUACAAGAAGUGAUGUGGCGAUUGAUGAUGUCCAAGUCAGCGAUGGGAAGUGUGCUGCUGACGGAGACUGUGAUUUCCAAGGCGGGUUUUGCACCUGGAGAAACAGCAUGGUUGGAGAUGAUUUCGACUGGAUUCGUGCCCGUGGAAGCACUGCUACCACAUUUACUGGUCCGAGCACUGAUCGAUUUGGAACAGCGUCAGGUUAUUACGUCUUUAUCGAGACCUCCAAUCCACGAAACACCGGAGACAAAGCUCGUAUUUACAGCAAAACGUUUACGGCGUCUUCACCCCGAUGCUUCACCUUCUGGUACCACAUGUACGGAGCAACCAUCGGUUCUCUCAAUAUCUAUCAGAGAACGUCUGGCCGUGACAGUCUGAUCUGGACUCAAAGUGGCGAGAAGGGUAACCGCUGGCUCAGCGGACAAGUGACUGUGGGCAAUGCUGCUAGUUAUCAGAUUGUAAUAGAAGGAAUCCGUGGAACCAGCUACACUGGUGAUAUUGCCAUUGACGACUUCGUGUUUCUUGAUGGAAUCAGCUGCUCUAUCGUGCCGUCAGAUGCUGGGGGAGCGAUCACCACCCCUCCGACCACUCCCCUUAUUACCACCACACAGCCCGUCAAUAAUCUCGGAAUCAACUGCGACUUUGAGAAGGACUUCUGUCCCCAGGCUUGGUCACAAGACGUGACGGACACAUUCAACUGGACCCGUCAGAGUGGAAGCACAAGCUCCUCGGGAACUGGCCCAUCCGUUGACCAUACAUUGGGCACAGCUCAAGGGUAUUACAUCUACAUCGAGACAUCUUACCCUCCCAAGUUUAACGACACUGCGCGCAUAAUCAGCUCGUCCGUUCCUGGUACCACCGGCACGCCCGGAAAGUGCUUGUCCUUCUGGUACCACAUGUACGGUGCGACCAUCAAUAGGUUGAACGUCCUUAUUCGUACGGGUUCUCACGACACGCCCCUUUGGUCCAAGUUGGGCGCAAGAGGUGAUAAGUGGAUCAGGGCCCAAGUCACAGUCUCUAGCCGAACUCACUUCCAGGUCGUAUUUGAGGCUAUUACUGGAAAAGACUACCAGGGGGAUAUCGCUUUGGACGACAUUACUCUUUCCGAUGGUGCCUGCAAUGUCUUGUCAACCACGUGCACAUUCGAGGAGUCCCACAUAUGCGGAUACAUGCAGGACACAACAGACAACUUUAACUGGAACCGUGGCAGCGGAGCUACCGUGUCGUCUGGAACUGGUCCCUCUGCAGACCACACCCUUGGCACAGCUGCAGGCUUCUACAUGUAUAUCGAGACAUCAAGUCCCGUCCAGCCCGGCUGGAAGGCGAGGCUAAUUGGAGGCAUUCAGCCCCGGACGUACAGUUCGUGUUUGACGUUCUGGUACCAUAUGUAUGGCAGUACGAUCGGAACGCUAAACGUGUACAGUAAGACGAGCUCUCUCGGUAGCCCCAUUUGGACCAAGAUAGGGAACCAAGGCAAAGAGUGGCUUGUCGCACAGGUGACCGUCCGCAGUGCCUGGUCACAGUAUCAGAUCGUGUUCGAAGGCGUGCGUGGCAGUAGUUACACCGGUGAUAUCGCCAUUGACGACAUCAGCUUGAUCGAUGGACAAUGCCCGAAUCCUGGAACCUGUGAUUUCGAGAAUGGCCUGUGCACCUACCGGAACGACAUGACCGAGGACAAUUUUGAUUGGCUGCAAGGCAAAGGAAACACACUUUCAUCGGGAACCGGGCCUUCGACAGACCAUACCACCGGAAACGGAAAUGGCACCUACAUGUUCAUCGAGUCAUCUUCACCGCGCCGGCCUGGGGACAAAGCUAGACUUGUUAGCCAGUCGUUUGACACCCAGCCUUCUCAAGGAAGAUGCAUGCAGUUUUGGUAUCACAUGAAUGGAGCAGACAUUGGGACCUUGAACGUUAUCUGGAAAACUGGACCAGGAAAUCAGUCAGAGAGUGUGCUUUGGACACUGUCAGGGAACCAACAAAACAAUUGGCUGUUCGCACGGGUGUCGCUUCCCCGUCUUACAAAUGUAAAGCACUUUAUUGUGUUCGAGGCGAUUCGAGGGAAUUCUUACCAAGGGGAUAUCGCUAUUGACGACCUCCAGCUCACCACAGGAACAUGUGGAAUCUUGCCAAGCGGCGCGGAUCCAAAUAAACCCACAGGCACCCCAUCGCCCACACCUACCACCGCCUUCACAACCCCACCACCCAUCCCCAAGGGCGACUUCAACUGCGACUUCGAGGCGGGAUUCUGUAAGUACGACCAGGAACAUCUAACGGAUGUCUUCAACUGGACACGUACUCAGGGUGAUACUUAUUCUGCUGACACUGGUCCAUUGUACGAUCACACGAUCCAGCUAGGCGUCACACCAGGCCCAAAUGGCCCAGGCUCCAUCCAGCAGAUUCUAAGUGGGAAGUGCUUGCACAUCAAUGGAGGAGCGUUUAAGAGACCAGCAAGCGGAACACAGUUGGUGUACUACGAUGGCUGUGGACAAAAGCGCUUGGAAUUCGAGUUCUCGGCAGGCCUUUGGAAGCACACACCUUUCGGGAUGUGCGUUUCACGUCGCGGGGGAUCUAAUUCAGCUACCGCUGAUGACGUAGUGUUGACUGAUACUUGUGUUGAUAACUGGCAGAUGACGGCAGGAGGGUCCUUGAAGCACAUGGGCUCCGGCAAGUGCGUCACGCCUUUUAAUAACUACAAAGUACCGCCGAAUAACCUGAAGCUGGUCUUAAGUUCCACGUGCGACGAUUCGUCUAAUAAACAGAAGAUGCGGUGGUCACCAUCUCUCGGAUACUAUGCGUUCAUCGAAGCCUCUUCUCCUCGUAAGCAAAACGACACUGCAAGACUCGUGAGUCAGGCGUCGAUCAGCUCGAAUCCUUCCCCAGGAAAAUGCCUCAACUUUUGGUUCCACAUGUACGGUCCUCACAUAGGCUCUCUAAACCUCUAUCUCAAGAGGGGUAGUAACCUUGGCAACCCUAUUUGGAGCAGGUCUGGCACUCAUGGAAACCGCUGGAAUAACGCCAUUGUUCCAAUUACUCAAAGUGGCACCUUCCAAAUCGUGUUUGAAGGCGUGCGUGGAAGCUCAUACAAAGGGGACAUCGCUCUCGAUGAUGUUCAGCUCAAAAAUGGCGCUUGCCAGUUCAGCAUGGACUGCGACUUUGAGAAUGUUCAACCCCCGCAGUACUGCGGCUGGACCAACAGUAAAAGUGAUAAUUUCGACUGGACGUAUCAACAGGGCCGCACUCCCUCCAUCUCCACAGGGCCAAAAUUCGACCACACUUUUGGCGACGACAGAGGUCAUUACAUGUACAUCGAAGUGUCCAGCGGUUCCCGUGGAGCCAAGGCCUUGCUAGAAAGUUCCCUGUUCUCGCCUGGAAGUGGAAAAUGCCUAGAGUUCUGGUAUCACAUGUACGGCAGUAGCAUCGGUCAGCUGAAUGUGUACCUCAAGACAGGCGCAAGCCUUCCCAGCAAUCCAACAUGGCAAAGGCAAAAAGACCAGGGCAACCAGUGGUUUAUUGCACAAGUGCCCAUCCAAAACAUCUACACACAAAUGAAGGUUGUCUUUGAGGGAGUGCGUGGUUUUAGUUAUCAAGGCGAUAUAGCCCUGGAUGAUAUCAGACUGAAGGAUGGCGCAUGUAACCAACCGGCCUACUGCGACUUUGAGAAGGAUGACUGGUGCACGUGGACGAACGACAAAGCGGAGGACGACUUUGACUGGAUCGUUGGCAGUGGUGGUACUCCGUCCGGGUACACCGGGCCAUCCACAGACCACACCACCGGCUUCGGUUACGGCAAAUACAUGUUCAUUGAGGUAUCUGCACCUAGGCAACCCGGCGACAAGGCGCGCCUACUUAGCGAGCGUUUCCCCGCUACCAGCAGUCGCGGAUACUGCGUGAAGUUCUGGUAUCACAUGUAUGGCUCAUCUAUUGGACAGCUUAACGUGUACGUCAAGAAUAGGCCUGGAAACAGGUCCGAGAACCUGGUUUGGAGUCUGUCCGGUAACCAAGGAGACCAGUGGUCGUACGGACAGGCCCCAGUGCUCAGUAUGUCGGACUCUUAUCAGGUUGUUUUGGAAGGCAUUCGCGGUAAUGGUUAUUCCGGAGAUAUUGCCAUUGAUGACAUCACAUACACCGUAGGGUCGUGUAAGGUAAUGCCUCUCAGCGCUACCCCAGGCUCUACCACAACCCCCCCGACACCCACCCCUACAACACCAACUUCCGGGGGAGUGUUCGACUGUAACUUCGAUGUUAGUUUUUGCCAAUGGCAGCAAGAUACCACGGACAGUUUCAACUGGACACGCACAAGAGGCCCAACUGCCUCCUCAGGGACGGGACCUUCUAAGGACCACACCGGAAACGGAAGCUACAUUUACAUCGAGACAUCAUGGCCACGUAAGCCUAACGAUACGGCCCGAAUAAUAAGCCCUAUGGUACCUAGUAGCACUCGUCCGGGAUACUGUAUAAAGUUCUGGUAUCACAUGUACGGCCCCCACACAGACACCCUCAACCUGUACAGAAAACGGGGCGGCAUUCUCGGCAAUCCAUUAUGGACAAAGACCGGAAACCAAGGAACCGAAUGGAAGUAUGCGCAGUCGUUUUAUAUGGCAGUUACCAACUUCCAGUUCGUAUUUGAAGGAAUACGAGGCUCCGAUUAUCAAGGGGAUAUCGCUCUGGACGACAUCUCGGUAACUGCUGGGCGCUGCCCUCCACUGACGUCGUGCUCCUUUGAGGAUCCUCAAUUGUGCGGAUACACCAACGAACCAAACACUGCGUCCGACGACUUUGACUGGACCCGACAGAGUGGCGCUACUAGCAGCUCCGGAACCGGGCCUGCAAAUGAUCACACUUUUGGAACAGCUAAAGGUUACUACAUGUACAUCGAGACCUCGUACCCCAUCAAGCCCGGUAUGAAGGCGCGACUGCUGAGCCCUAGGUACCCUCCCACGGGAACAGGCAAAUGUCUGACCUUUUGGUACCACAUGUACGGCAAUCACAUUGGGACCCUGAAUGUCAAGGUCAAGAAGCUUUUCCUUGGCACGCCUUUUUACUUCCUUCAGUGGUCACGCAGCGGCGACCAUGGCCAGAGAUGGCGCAUCGCUCAGGUGACGAUCCGCUCCUCCGACAAUUACCAGAUUGCUUUUGAGGGAAUCUCUGGGAGUAGCUAUCAAGGCGACAUCGCCAUUGACGACGUCAAUUUGACUGACAACCCAUGCCCGCCUCCUGGAGACUGUAACUUUGAGUCGGGCCAGUGUACUUGGGUCAACACUCAAGUGGGUGAUCAGUUCGACUGGACCCGUAACAGCGGUACAACCCCUAGCUGGCAGACAGGGCCAUCCACCGACCAUACCACUGGAAGUCCACUUGGACAUUACAUGUUUAUCGAGACCUCAUCUCCACGCGCUCCUAACGACAAAGCCUUCCUCGAGUCAGAGGAGUUCCAGCCGACUGGAAGCACCGGCCGAUGCCUGAAGUUCUGGUAUCACAUGAACGGUCCAGACAUCGGCAGCUUAAAUGUUUGGAUCUCCGAAAACGGCACCAGGGGUCAGAUCUGGAGUUUGAGUGGUGAGCAAGGCAACAACUGGUUGUAUGGAACUGCGCCAAUUAGAGCUGGCCAAGUUUACCAGAUCAUUUUCGAGGGAGUCCGUAGUACAAACCAUAAAGGUGACAUAGCCAUUGACGACGUGGAGUUUGUUGUUGGCACCUGCCCCAUUACGCCGGUCAAUGCGAAGCCUACAAAUCCGUGGACCACUCCCGCUCCUUCUCCUACUGCGACCACCGUUGGACCGACUCUAGCUCCUUCUCAAUGGGAUUGCUCGUUCGAGACCAACCUUUGCAGCUGGAUGCAAGCUGUCAACGACAACUUCAACUGGACUCGAGCUCAGGGUACCACUGGAUCCUCGGGGACUGGACCUUCAUCCGAUCACACCACGGGCAAGGGCUACUAUAUCUACAUCGAGACAUCCUACCCCCGUAAGCCCGGAGAAAAAGCGCGUGUGGAGAGUGCGCUGAUUCCCGCGACACGACAAAAGUGUCUGCAAUUCUGGUACCACAUGUACGGCCCGCAUGUAGACACCCUGAAUGUCUACACCAAGCAGAACAGCGCACUAGGGCAGCCCGUCUGGGUACGAAACGGCACUCAGGGUAACCGAUGGAGACAUGCGACUGUAGACCUCACCGUGCCGCAGAAAUUCCAGGUCGUGUUUGAGGGCAUUCGUGGCGUCAGCUAUGCCGGAGAUAUCGCCGUUGACGAUGUGUCGAUGCAGGAUGGUGCAUGCCCCCCGCAACUCGAGUGUACAUUCGAGGAUACUCAGCUUUGCGGCUGGUCAAACGUGCAUGGUGAUAACUUCGACUGGACGCGCGCGAAUGGAAGGACAGCAAGCUUUGGCACUGGACCCUCUAACGAUCACACUUAUGGCACUGAUCUUGGCUACUACAUGUAUAUCGAGACCUCAUCUCCGCGCACCAAGGGCCAUAAAGCAUGGCUCGUCAGCAAACAGUUCACCCCUACCACCGGGAGGUGCCUGCAGUUCUGGUACCACAUGUACGGCAACUCGAUCGGUGCACUUAACGUGCUACUCAUGCAGAACUCCAGUCGAUCUUCGCCUAUAUGGAGCAUGGGUAGUAAUGUCGGCGACGUGUGGCGCGUUGCACAGGUCACUCUUACCAGCGUAGUGCCUUUCAAGGUAAUCUUCGAAGGCGUCACAGGCACCAGCUACACCGGGGAUAUUGCUAUCGAUGAUGUGGAGAUUCUGGACGGGCAGUGCCAGAUACCAGGUGACUGUAACUUCGAAACGGGUACAUGCACUUGGUUCAACACCCCUGCUUCCUCAAAUACGGACAACUUUGACUGGAAUAGAGGCUCUGGUGACACCUUCAGCCAAUUUACAGGUCCAAGCACCGACCACACCACCGGAACCAAAGCCGGAAGCUACAUGUUUAUCGAGACCUCUGAUCCUCGCAAACGAGGUGAUUUGGCGCAUUUCGAGAGCGCUGUAUUCAGACCGACAUCAGGUUACGGCCGCUGCAUGAACUUCUUUUACCACAUGAACGGCGCCGGAAUCGGAACACUCAACGUCUACAUGCGCGUGAUCGGACGGUCCAUGACCAAGCUUUGGACGCAAUCCGGUGACCAUGGAAACCAGUGGAAUGAAGGACAGUUGCCAAUACUUAGCGCUGGCGCAAGUUAUCAGAUCGUGUUUGAGGGUAUCCGUGGCGUUGAUUACCGCGGCGACAUCGCAAUCGAUGACGUCUCAUUUACUAACUCUCUGUCUGCUGGAGACUGCCCCAUUAAUGCUUCUACCUCAAAUCCGUGGCCUUUCGACUGCAACUUCGAGUCUGACACUUGUAACUGGAAGCAAGCGACAAACGAUGACUUUGAUUGGAGGCGAUAUCGCGGAAGCACUGCUAGUUUGGGGACAGGACCUAGCGAAGAUCACACCGGCGGAACUGCCCAAGGUUAUUACAUCUAUAUUGAGUCAUCCUCGCCUCAGUCUCCAAAUGACACUGCGCAGAUCAUUAGUCCGGUUGUUAGUGGCAAUGGUACCAAGGUUAUCCGCUGCGUCUCCUUCUGGUAUCACAUGUAUGGACCUCAUGUGAACGCACUCAACCUCUACGUACAGCAAAAAGGCGUCCUCGGCCAACCCAAGUGGACCAAGACCGGAACACAGGGGAACGCCUGGAGAAAAGGAGAAUAUACUCUCAUUACAUCUGCUAACGCCAAUAUCGUAUUCGAAGGUGUUAGGGGAUCGAGCUUCAAAGGAGAUAUUGCUUUAGAUGAUAUUGGGAUAAGUGAGGGAAGCUGUCCUUCGUCAGGUAUCUGUAGCUUCGAGUCUGGUCUUAUCUGUGGCUACACUCAAGACACCAACGACAAAUUUGACUGGACGAGAGGGAGUGGGGCGACCGGAAGUAGUAACACCGGACCUCCAUUUGACCACACCUAUAUGACACCUUAUGGUCACUACAUGUACCUUGAAGUGUCUGGAAACCUCCAGCAGGGUGACAACGCUCGACUGACUAGUGUCCAGUUCCCUGGAUCAAGUGGCUCGUGCCUACAGUUCUGGUAUCACAUGAAGGGUGCGACUAUUGGUACUCUGAACGUCUACGUCAAAAUCUUUAGAUUCUCCCUACGCAAGGUCUGGUCCAAGACCGGAAACCAGAGCAAUUCCUGGAAUAUCGCCCAGGUUACCAUCAGCAGCUCCUUCUCAUUCCAGGUUGUCUUUGAGGGGAUCCGUGGCGCCAGUUACACGGGCGACAUCGCCAUUGACGAUGUGAAGAUGACUAGUGGUGUUUGCCCGAACCCCGGCGAUUGUUCUUUUGAGGAUGGUCUUUGCACAUGGACAAACACGCAAACCGGGGAUAUCUUCGACUGGAUCAGUGGAAGUGGCGGUACGACGAGCUGGCUGACUGGUCCAAGCACCGACCACACUACAGGCACCGCACAAGGGAAGUACAUGUUUAUCGAGACCUCUUCCCCGCGUAAUCCGGGCGACACAGCCUACCUUGUCAGUCAACGCUUCGACCCGACCACCGGUUCUGGUCUUUGCAUGAACUUUUGGCAUCACAUGUACGGCGCAACCAUCGGCACCCUGAACAUCUGGAUGGCCGUCAAUAACACCAAGAUUUUGAUGUGGCAACGAUCCGGCAAUAAGGGUGACAAUUGGCUCCAGGGACAGUUGCAGAUUUCCAGCUCAACACAGUACCAGAUUAUCUUCGAGGGAAUUCGAGGAUCUAGCUUUUCAGGGGACAUAGCUAUUGAUGACAUUUCGUUUAUUGUGGCUUCCUCAAGUUGCCCUCUGCGACCAUCUGAUGCAAACCCUCCUGGUACCUCUACCACACCUGCGCCUCCGACCACGCCCUCUGUUGUUCCGACCGCAGGCAACACUGGCAAUGACUGUAACUUCGAGGUUGGGAUGUGUAAAUGGGUCCAAGAUAACACCGACCAGUUCGACUGGACGCGGCAAAAGGGCAGCACAACGUCCGCGGGAACGGGACCCAGAUUCGACCACACCCAUGGCACAGCUGCUGGCUACUACGUAUUUAUCGAGACAUCCUAUCCUCGUAAGCCUAACGACACAGCGCGUCUACUGAGUGCCCAGAUUCCACAGCCAUCUGGAGGCUUCGUGUGCCUGAAUUUCUGGUACCACAUGUACGGCCCUCACGUGGAUACGCUUAACAUCUACCUUAAGACAAGUAGUUCCCGAUCGGUUAUCUGGAGUAGGAAUGGAACGCAAAGUGACGAGUGGAAAAACGGAGUGGUUCAAUUUUCACCAUCAAGCACUUAUCAGAUUAUUCUGGAAGGAAUCCGCGGAAUUAGUUUCCAAGGAGACAUCGCCCUAGAUGACAUUACCUUUAAGGACAGCCAAUGCCCGCCACAAAAGGAAUGCUCGUUCGAGAACUUCCUUGGUCAGACAACCCCUCUAUGCGGAUGGACUCAAGGAUCUGGAAGUGAUGAUCAGUUCGAUUGGACAAGAGCCACCGGAAGCACUGCUAGUGUACAGACCGGUCCCAGUAAUGAUCACACGUACGGCACCAACAAAGGCUACUACAUGUACAUCGAGACCUCGUCUCCUCGUAAGAGCGGCGACAAGGCUCGCCUGUACAGCCCCUCGUACCCCGCUACCAAAGGCAGCUGUUUCCGCUUCUGGUUCCACAUGUAUGGCGCUAGUAUCGGUUCACUUCAGGUGUAUGUGAAAAGCGGGGGGACCGAGACCCAGCUGUGGACGCGCACUAGGGACUAUGGCAACGUGUGGAAAGUUGCUCAGACUACCAUUCAAACUACGGGUGCUUACCAGAUAAUCAUUGAAGGAAUCGCCGGAACAAGUUACCAAGGGGAUAUUGCUAUUGAUGACCUCAAGAUCGUGGAUGGGCAAUGCCCGCUUCCAGGUGACUGCGACUUCGAGAAGGGGACGUGCACCUACUCACAAGAGCAACAAGAAGACGAUUUCGAUUGGAUUCGAGGUUGGGGAUCAACUCCAAGCUGGAAGACUGGACCUAGUAUCGAUCACACCCUGGGAACUAAGCUGGGUCACUACAUGUACAUUGAAGUGUCCUACCCAAUCCAAACGGGUCAAAAGGCGCGUUUCAUGAGUGAGGACUUCCCUCCCAUCUCACAGCGUUGCGUAAACUUCUGGUUCCACAUGUACGGUACCACAGUUGGUACCUUGACCCUGUACCUUAAGACUGGGCGGGGCAACUCCUCAGCAGUUGAGACACCCAUCUGGUCAUUGUCCGGGAACUUCGGUGAUCAGUGGAUGAAUGGUCAGGCUCCUAUUUCGUCGACAGGCUGGUAUCAGAUUGUAUUUGAGGGCAUGAAAGGCAGGGGAAUAAGCGGUGACAUCGCGAUCGAUGACGUCACUUACACAAACACGAGGUGCAGCGUGCUACCGUCCAUCGCCGUACCACCCACAGCGCCUCCUACCACCCCUCCCCCUAUCAUUAAUAAUUGUACCUUCGAGCAAGGCCUCUGUUCCUGGACGAAUCUUGGCGGAGACCAGUUCGACUGGACCAGGUCUAGAGGUAGCACGGGAUCUUGGAAUACGGGUCCAGCAACGGAUCACACUCUUGGAACUCGACAAGGAUAUUACAUCUACAUCGAGACGUCAUCACCUCGCCAGCCUAACGAUAAGGCCUGGCUACAGAGCGGACUGGUACAGCCCACCACCGGGAAUUCUGGAAAGUGUCUGAAGUUCUGGUACCACAUGUAUGGUGAUCACGUGGACACCCUGAAUGUCUAUCGCACGCAGGGCUCAAGUAAGAUCAAGAUUUGGUCAAGAACAGGCACCCAAGGAAAUACGUGGCGUUACGGCCAAGUUGAUCUCAUCAGCACCAGUGCCUUCAAUGUCAUAUUCGAGGGUGUUCGUGGCAAGAGCUAUAUGGGUGACAUCGCUCUUGACGAUCUAGAUAUUGCCGAUGGCGCAUGCCCAACGCAGACUUUCUGUGACUUCGAGGGAGACACUUGCGGCUGGACCAAUCCGCAGGGUGACCAGUUUGACUGGACACGUGACAAUGGCGGCACGCCAUCCCUGACCACAGGCCCAUCCACAGAUCACACUACCGGAACUAACAACGGCUACUACAUGUACAUCGAGACUUCAUACCCGCGCAAACCUGGGGACAAAGCCUGGUUCCUCAGCCCGACUUACUCGAAGACUAGCGGCAAGUGUUUGAACUUCUAUUACCACAUGUCCGGUAGCCAUAUUGGCUCGCUGAAUAUCUACGUCAAGAGCGGCCUUGACCUUGGCACUAAGGUCUGGAACAUGACUGGUGACCAGGGUAACAUGUGGAGGCAUGGACGUGCUACCGUCAGCAGCCCUGCUAAUGCCUACAGCAUCGUAUUCGAAGGCAUCCGUGGCCAAAGCUACCUCGGUGACAUCGCCAUUGAUGAUGUUUGGAUGGAAGAUACCCCUUGUCCACCUCCAGGAAGCUGCGAUUUCGAGCAGAAGAGCCUGUGUUCUUGGGUGAACGUGAAGAAUGCAAACCGCUCAGUCGGUCUUGACGACUUUGACUGGAUUCUCGGAAGCGGGGAUACGGCAAGUUACCAGACUGGGCCCUCUGUGGAUCACACACUUGGCACAGCGACCGGCACAUACCUUUUCAUCGAGACAUCCUCUCCUCGUCUUCCUGGUGACGUCGCACGCAUUCAGAGCCAGACGUUUGGGCCUACCACAGGCCGGUGCUUUUCCUGGUGGUUCCACAUGUAUGGUCAAACUGUCGACUAUCUCAACGUAUACCUGCAGGUCGGUCAGCAAGAAACUCUCAUUUGGAACCUAAAUGGUACGCAGGGAAAUGUCUGGAGACGGGCGGAAACGUCUAUCGUGUCAGCUUCGCCUUACAGGAUCAUCAUGGAAGGAAUCCGGGGACAGUCGUACACGGGCGACAUCGCCAUCGAUGACAUCCUCUUCACUGACGGCUACUGUGUCGGCCUGUGCUCGUCCGUCAAACCAAACCAGCGAGUUGACUGCGGAUACCUUGGCAUCAAUAAGGACUCAUGCGUGCGGGGACGCGGAUGUUGCUGGGACAACUCUGUUCCCAACGUGCCUUGGUGCUUCUACCACCCAAGCUCCUGCUCCAGCAUCAACCCUCAGCUCAGACGGGACUGCGGAUGGGUCGGGAUAUCCCAGGCCACUUGUAACAGCAAAGGCUGCUGUUGGGAUGGGUCCGUUCCGAAUGUCCCUCACUGCUUUUACGGUCCAGCCGUGCCCACACCCUUCCCUACCACCCCUGUACCACCAACCACAUCUCCCCCCUCAAUAUGGGACUGCAACUUCGAUACGAACUUGUGUAGCUGGAAUAACUCCAAGGAGGACGAUUUCGAUUGGUUUAGACAGUCUGGAAGCACUGGGUCUACAAAUACGGGACCGUCCGCUGAUCACACCACGGGCUCAACUAGCGGCUACUACAUGUACAUCGAGACCUCGUGGCAGUCGCCCAAUGACUCUGCUGUGCUGCUUAGUGCAAACGUACCCAGGAGUUACCCGAACAACAUGUGUCUCAUCUUCUGGUACCACAUGUACGGUCAACACGUGGAUAAACUGAACAUCUAUAUGAAGGACCCUGCCUCCUCGACCCUUCCUCCGUCACCCGUAUGGACCAAGUCAGGAACUCAGGGCGACCGCUGGCGCCGUGGACAGAUCGAGUUCUCGAGUCGCACAGACUUCCAGUUUGCCUUCCAAGGUGUCCGUGGUAGCGGAUACCAAGGAGACAUCGCGCUUGACGACAUGAAGAUGCUAAAGACUGACUGUCCCACUUUACCUGAAUGCGAAUUCGAGACUCCUUCAAUCUGUGGCUACAAGCAGGAUCAGGGUGAUACCUUCGACUGGAGUCAAGGCAGUGGUAACACCACAAGUAUCGGGACUGGGCCCCCAUCUGACCACACCUAUGGCACCCCCUUUGGUCGCUACAUGUACAUUGAAACGUCCUGGCCGCGUAAGCCUGGCGACUUCGCUCGUCUUGAGUCGCCUGCGUAUGACCCUGCCCUCGGAGAUGGCAAGUGUCUAGUGUUCUGGUACCACAUGUACGGUAACGGCAUAGGUCGCCUCAAUACCUACAUCAAGAUAGGUAACGCCCUUGGCAAGGCUGUCUUCACCGACUCGGGCAACCUGGGACUGCAGUGGAACCGCGCCAUGGUCACCGUGCGCAACACGCAGAGCUGGAAGGUCGUUUUCGAGGGUAUUCGAGGACGAAAUUACAUGGGAGACAUCGCUAUUGAUGACGUCAUUGUCAAAGAUGGCGCUUGUCCGCCUCCCGCCUCCUGUGACUUCGAGAAUGGCUGGUGUUCGUACAGUAAUGACGCGUCUGGGGAUGACUUUGAUUGGGAGUUGAACAAAGGACACACCGGAAGCUCAGGCACUGGUCCUUCCACGGACCACACUUUACAGUCUCCCCUAGGAAGCUAUCUGUACAUCGAAGCGUCCUAUCCCCGCCAGAAGGGUGACACCGCUCGCAUCUCCUCUGAUCGUCUUAGCGUUUCUAAGAGCUACCAAUGGUGCCUCUCUUUCUGGUAUCACAUGUUUGGCCAAAACAUGGGUCCUCUGCGCGUCCUCGGCCGGUAUUUCCCCAAGUCGGGCAGACCAUACACGCGAAGCCUUCUUUAUAUCCCCGGGGCCAACUACGGCGACAACUGGCUGAAGAACCAGUUGCAGGUUAAUGCCGCAGAUGACUUUCAGAUCGUGUUCCAAGCCACUGUAGGCGACUCCUAUGACUCAGACAUCGCCAUUGAUGACAUCCUUGUAACUGCCGGAAACUGCCCUGCGCCUACUCCAUCUCCGUCGCCGAAUCCAAAGGCAGUUCAGUGCAAGAAUGGCAACUAUGUGUCGAGUCUGCAGGUGUGUGACUUUGUUAACGACUGCGGCGUGAACGAUGACUCGGAUGAGAAAGGCUGUGCUGCAUGUGACUUCGAAAAGGACUUAUGCGGAUGGAAUGACACCAGUAAAGGGUCAUUUGACUGGCGCCGCGAUCGAGGAGGGACACCUUCAGCCAAUACCGGACCAACUGUCGACCACACCCUAGGCACCGCCCUGGGUUGGUACAUGUACGUGGAAGCCUCUAAUGGUAACUCGUACGACUUGGGGCGCCUGGAGAGUGGCUCCCUCAAGCAGUCCUCAGCCACAUGCCAAAUGAACUUCUGGUACCACAUGUACGGCACCGGUAUCGGCAGUCUGUAUGUUUACCUGAAGGUUGGCUUGACUUACUCACGGGUACUCGAGAUCUCCGGGAACCAAGGCAACAAAUGGAACCAAGCAACCGUGUACAUCGGUCGCCGCUCAUCACCCUUCAAAAUUGUCUUCGAGGCCGAGCGUAGCUAUAACGUAUUUGGCGACAUUGCUGUUGACGACAUCUCUCUUGCCAACUGCGCGCUUCCCCCUGUCGUACCAAUGUGUCAAUACGGCCAGUUCAGGUGUGCUCGAGGAUCUUGCAUCGACACAGGGCGAGUGUGUGACUUCACAGACGAUUGCGGAGACAACUCGGACGAGAACAACUGCUAUAACUACAACCAGAGAUGUAACUUCCAGUGGUAUCUCUGUGGAUGGACCCAAUCAAUGGGAGAUGAUUUCGACUGGACCCGCGCCCGCGGUGCCACCGCCUCCUUAGGCACUGGACCAAUGACUGACCACACUUAUGGCACAGCUUUAGGCUACUACUUGUAUGCGGAGUCGUCGUGGCCACGCAAGCAGGGUGACAAGGCCCAUCUUGUUAGCCGCUAUAUCGCGCCUUUGGCUGUUGGUGACAGCAGCUGCAAGCUUCGUUUGUAUUACCACAUGCUGGGCAGUGACAUCGGCUCUUUGAACGUGUACACCCGGCCCUGCAACGGCUGCGUCAUGACGCAAGUAUUCAGCAAGUCUGGUGAGGUUGGUAACUUCUGGGAGAGGACUGAAGUGACGCUAACGGCAACUACGCCAUUCCAGAUUGUUAUCGAAGCCGUCAUAGGAAAGAACUACCAGGGCGAUAUCUCAAUCGACGAUGUAUCCCUGACGCCAUUCUGUAGACCCUACACGGGCCCUAAGCCUACUGGCCCCACCCCGACUCCAUCAAGACCCCCUACGCUACCUCCGUGUCCAUUUGGCUUGUUCCGUUGCACGGACGGAAGCUGUAUUAUGCAGAGCUUACGCUGUGAUUACCAGAACGACUGUAGCGAUGGGCUGGACGAGGCGUCAUGUGGCACGUGUAACUUCGAGGCCGAUCAAUGUGGCUGGGGAGAUAACAGUCCUGGACAAUACCAGUGGAGUAGGCACAGGGGGGCCACGCCUAGUGCCAACACAGGGCCGAGCGUGGACCACACAUGCGGAAAUAGCUCAUGCUAUUACAUGUAUGUGGAGGCAGGUGGCGGCUCAUUUCUAGACACCGCCAGAUUGACCAGUCCGAAUAUGACUAAGACUGGCCCUGGAUGCCGUAUGGAGUUCUGGUAUCACCUGUACGGCAAUAGUUAUUCCACCAUGAGGCUCAAACUCAAGUACAAGGGGCUCGCCUCUACCCUCUUUUUGGUAUCUGGAAACAUGGGCAACAAAUGGCUAAAGGCAGUUGUUGGUUUGGGAGCCUUAGAGACAGGCUUCCAACUGUACUUCGAAGCCAGCAAGUUCUUCAGUGCAUCAGAUAUGGCGAUCGACGACAUUUCUUUCCCAAGCUGCGCUCUGCCGCCAGUAAGAGCAUGCCAGACUGGGGAAUACCGCUGUACUAGAGGAUCAUGUGUCUUGCCAAAUCAGGUAUGCGACUUUUCUAACGAUUGUGGUGAUAACAGUGAUGAAUUGGACCGCACCUGUGCCACCUACAAAGAACGAUGCAACUUCGACACAAGCCUAUGCGGCUGGAACCAGGAUACAGAUGAUAUCUUUGACUGGACACGUGACAAUGGUGGUACCGCAUCGUCAGGGACGGGUCCCGGAAGAGAUCACACUACAGGAUCCUCUAAGGGAUACUACCUGUACAUCGAGACCUCUUCGCCAAGAAAACAAAACGACACAGCACGCAUCAGCAGUAUCACCUUCCGGUCAGCGGCUGCGUCAGACAAUUGCCGCAUGCGCUUCUGGUACCACAUGUUCGGCCCCCACGUUGACACGCUGAAUGUUCAUUUGCGAACAGCUGUCGGCGGGUGGUUCAACACUAUCUGGAGCAUGAAGGGUGAUCAAGGUGAUAUAUGGAAUCGCGCGGAAAUCAACAUUACAAGCGGUGUGAACUUCCAGGUUGUGAUCGAGGGCAAACGAGGAGUCAGUUUCCAAGGCGAUAUCGCCAUUGACGACAUCUCCUUCACGCCGGGAUGCCGACCCGACAGUACCGCAACCAUCUCGCCCAAUCCACCUACGAGCACUCCGCCACCUGGAUGCAACUCGGGAGAGCACAGGUGCUCCAACGGCCAGUGUAUAAAUGCCAUUCAGGUUUGCGAUUUCAAGAAGGACUGCUCUGACGGAUCAGACGAGGCGACAUGCCAGUCCACUUGUAACUUCGAGAAGGAUCAGUGCAAUUGGGUAAACACCCAGGUUGGAGACACUUAUGAUUGGGUCAGGAACAAAGGGCCAACGCCCUCAACUGGAACUGGACCCACCGUGGAUCACACCACCAACUCUGUCAAUGGAUACUACAUGUACACGGAGGUCAGCAACAGAACCGGCUUCUACGCAGCCGCACACCUAGCUAGCCCGCUGUUCCGUCUGGCCGGCAAGACAUGCCAGUUCUCGUUCUGGUACCACAUGUACGGGCCAAGUAUCGGCUACCUGCAGGUCUACUACCGACGCAAUGGCCGCGACAGCCAGCUGUUCUCUUUGCGUGGACAACAGGGCAAUGUGUGGAAGAAAGGCACCGUUUCCAUACCGAAGUGCGCUAAUGACUUCCAGGUUGUCAUCAAGGGAAAUCACUACUCUCUCGGCGCCUUGGGUGAUAUCGCAAUCGACGAUCUGUCAUUCGACAACUGUUUCCAGCCCGACCCUCCCUCGUCCUGCUCAAGUAACCAGUUCCGUUGCGACAGCGGCCAUUGUAUUUCCUCGAGCUCCAAGUGCGACUUUGAGACAGAUUGCUGCGAUGGAAGCGAAGAACGUAAUUCAACUUGCACUGCGUAUACAAGGUGCAACUUUGAGAAUGGGUUAUGCGACUGGACGCAGCCUACGGAUGAUAAAUUCGACUGGAUAAGGCAACAAGGCACCACAGGCUCCUUGGGAACCGGGCCAAGUGUAGACCACACAACCAAUACACGAUACGGCUUUUACGUGUACAUCGAGGCGUCCUCUCCACGUAAACGAGGAGACAACGCAUACCUUGCAAGCACAUGGUUCAAGCCGAGCAGCACGUGCCGGGUGCGAUGGUUUUAUCAUAUGAUGGGCUCCAGCAUGGGUUCCCUUAAUGUAUACACGCGCACCUCUAUGAGCGGACCUCUCAGCAGGGUGUGGUCGGUGUCUGGUAAUCAAGGCAACGCAUGGAAAAGAGGCGAAGCUGCUAUCAGUGUGACGUCUGGGAACUUCCAAGUUGUGUUUGAGGGCGUUAUCGGCACGUCUUACACCGGAGAUAUCGCCCUGGAUGACAUCACCUUCACUUUGGACUGUGUCACUGUUGCCCCCAAACCCUCGCCAUCUCCGACUCCUGGCAUCUGCGGCGCUGGUAAAUUUCAGUGCACUGAUCUGACUGGCAAUAAGGUUUGCCUGGCCAAUACCAAGAAGUGCGACUUCGUGCCAGACUGCUCAGACGGUAUAGAUGAAGCCAUUGGCACUUGCGGUGUACCUUGCGAGUUCGAGAAAGAUACAUGUGGCUGGGUGAACUCCGUAUCUGAUAACUUCGAUUGGACAAGGCAUAAGGGAUGCACGGCCAGUUCUUCUACAGGCCCAUGCGUGGAUGGUGACAACGAUAAGAACGGCUACUACAUAUACAUCGAGACUUCGACCGGUAUCAUUGGCAACAAGGCUGUGCUUACUAGCCCGCAGUACCAACAAGCCUUCGCUACCUGUCAGUUCAAGUUCUCCUAUCACAUGUACGGCCGAACUAUCAGGCGGCUUAGCGUGUAUGUUAAGGAUGGCAAGUACCGGACACGAAUUUGGACACUGGCAGGUGACCAAGGUAAUAAGUGGACCACAACCUACGCUCUUAUCGGUCGACGUUCGUCGCCAUUCACGAUCGAGAUUGAGGCUAGCCGGGGAAUUUCUUUCCAGGGCGACAUUUCCCUUGAUAACCUGGCCAUGGUGCAGUGCGGCCCGCCGCCCACAUGCUCAACACCAUCCGCUGGAUACGUAAAGUGUACUAACGGCGGCUGCAUUCAAAAAUCAAAGCUAUGUGACUUUACGGACGACUGCGGCGAUAAUUCAGAUGAAGGAAGGUGCGCUCUCUACCCAGCACGCUGCAACUUCGAAACCGACCUGUGCAACUGGCAACAGCUGACCGAUGAUGAUACUGACUGGACAAGAAUGAAGGGUGCAACCCCCUCCUACAACACCGGACCUGGACGCGACCACACCCUUGGAACAACUGACGGUUACUACAUUUACUUAGAGACGUCCACGGGCCGUUACGGAGAUAAUGCCCGACUUGCCAGUCCGCCUCUGCAGGGCCAGUGCUCUAUGCGCUUCUUCUAUCAUAUGUUCGGCCAACAUGUCAACUCGCUGAACGUCUACUUGAGGUUCACUAACGAUGGUUUCGGUAAUCGCAUUAUGAACGUCAGUGGAGAGGUGGGAGACCUGUGGAACAGAGCGGAAGUGGUGGUGAAUCCAGGGGGAAAGCCAUUCCAAGUCAUCAUUGAAGCUGUGCGAGGACGGACCUACCUUGGUGACAUUGCCAUUGAUGAUAUCAGCUUCACCCCAUCCUGCUCACUCUUUACCGGCAGCCUACCCACAUCUGCUCCUACCCUCUCUCCCCCACCCACUACCGCGGCACCAAACAAUUGCAACGCUCAGCAGUUUGGCUGCGUGACGGACGGAAAGUGUAUCCCUCUUACAAGCGUCUGUGACUUCAACGUCGACUGCCUUGAUGGCUCGGACGAGAGAAGCUGCCCGUCUAACUGCACCUUUGAGACUGGCCAGUGCGGUUGGGUCCACGACAAGAGUGAUAACGACAAUUAUGACUGGAUACGCCGCCAGGGUCGCUCCCCUAGCUGGGGUACAGGACCAAGUGUUGACCACACCCUGGGGACAAGGCUAGGCUACUACAUGUACAUCGAGGCUUCAUCCGGUUCCUUUGGUCAGAGAGCAAGGUUACUUGGACCUCGCUAUCAGAAGUCUCACUCUGACUGCCGACUCGAGUUCUGGUAUCACAUGUGGGGCUCAACCAUCGGUGACCUUUCCGUUUACGUGAACGUAUCCGACUCCCUGAGGCUUUGGUGGUACAAGUCUGGUGACCAGGGCAACAAGUGGCAGAAGGGCGUGGUGGGAAUCGGCAAGCGAACUCAGCCAUUCCAGCUUCUCUUCCAAGCUCGCAGAGGCCGUUCCUUCUCAGGUGACAUCGCCAUUGAUGAUCUUCAGUUCGUGGGUUGCGAGUUGCCGCCAUACCGUGUCUGCACAAGAUCGCAGUUCCGCUGUACACGCGGCUCUUGCACCAGUAGUGAUAACGUUUGCGACUUCAGCGACGACUGCGGCGACUCUUCCGACGAGCGAUCAUGCUCUUCGUACAACAAUCGUUGUGAUUUUACAUCCGGGUUGUGUAAAUGGAAGCAGAGUGCUGAAGACGACUUCGACUGGUCCAGGACGCGAGGUAACACAGCUUCCCUUAACACUGGCCCGCCUGGUGACCAUACGACCGGCAGCGGAUACUACAUGUACAUCGAGACGUCAUGGCCACGAAAGUAUGGCGACCGUGCUUGGCUGGUCAGCUCCAACUUCCGUGCAAUCUCCCCCUCCAACACGGACUGUAAGCUGCGUUUCUGGUACCACAUGUACGGUGACACCGUGGAGAAACUAAACGUGUAUAUCAGAACAUUCCAGAACGGUAGCGUGGGCACGCCCGUCAGCACGCUGGUAGGGGCACAGGGCUCCAUCUGGCGACGACAGGUCAUCACGCUUACCUCAGACAAGGACUUCCAGGUGGUGAUCGAAGGCGUUCGAGGCGAUAGUUAUGACGGCGAUAUCGCUCUGGAUGAUAUUUCAUUCACCACUUCCUGCGUGGACCUUGUCGGUCAGCUCCCAGUUGCUCCUCCCCCAACGCCUACUCCAAAGCCUCCGGUAACACCCGUCAGCACGUGCUCGUCUGCAGAAUUCAACUGCGUGGCCGAGGGACCGAACGCUUGUAUUCUCUCCACCCAGGUGUGUGACUUCAGCAAGAACUGCAAAGAUGGCUCAGAUGAGAAGAACUGCGUACAGCCAAGUUGUGAUUUCAGCUCUGGCUCAUUCUGCGGCUGGUACCCGGACAACCCUGGGCGCCGGCGUCGUGCCAUCUCUUACGCCUGGGUAGUUGCCCAAGGAAGCACCUCCACGCAAGGAACUGGUCCCUCUACCGACCACACCACAGGUACCGCAAACGGUUGGUACGCAUACACGGAUGCCUCUGCCGGUAGCCCCGGUGACGUCGCCCCACUGAAGACCCCACGUAUCGGCAUGUCCGGCCCGGAGUGCGCCAUCAACUUCUGGUACCACAUGACCGGAUCAUCCGUAGGCACUCUUUCGGUCAAGUUACAGUUCCUUGACGGGACCUCACCCGUUAUCUGGUCCCGCACUGGAAACCAGGGCGACAGUUGGUUGAAUGCCAAGGUUCUGAUUGGCUCAAGGCAGCUUUUCCAGAUCGUGUUGGAGUCAAAACGAAGCAAUGGUAAUCAGGGUGACAUCGCUGUGGAUGACGUCAAGCUAGAGAACUGCAAGCCCCUUGACGUCACUAGACCUUGUAAUACUGAUGAGUUCAAGUGCUCCAGGGGUGGUUGCAUCCCUAAAUCUUACCUCUGUGACUACCAAGCAGACUGUAUGUUUAAUGACCUGUCAGACGAAAGCAAAUGUGACGCGUACACCACCAAGUGCGACUUCGAGCACGGCUUGUGUUUGUUCACGCAGUCUCAAGAUGACAAGUUUGACUGGAGUAUGGGUACCAGCGGCACAACUUCAACUGGUACUGGCCCAAGCAAGGACCAUUCCACCAACACCGCCAGCGGGCAUUACAUGUACACCGAAACCUCAUGGCCGCGACAACCUGGCGACAAUGCUCGUCUAAAUUCUCCUGUCAUCAAAGCAGCAUCACGGGACUGUUACUUGCGUUUCUUCUACCACAUGCAUGGCAACCAUAUUGGAAGUCUACUGGUGUACACCCGCACGUCUUACUACCAGGGCGGCAUAUCUCAGCCAUUACUGAACAUCACUGGCCAACAAGGAGACUUCUGGUACCGCGCAGUCGUCAAGGUGCCUACCUCUAACAGCGAUUAUCAGUUCGUGAUCGAGGGCGUCCGUGGCAUCAGUUACCAGGGUGACAUUGCUAUUGAUGACGUCUCCAUGACGCCAAGUUGCCAGAUCUGUCCGGAUUGUGUCAUGCCAGGUCAACCAACCUCGACGCCGUUCGGUUUCCAUACUCGCCCUACCGCCUCCUCAUGUCUCGCGUCUCAGUACGUGUGCGCAAACUCCAAGUGCGUCGACAGAGACCAGCUCUGUAACUUCAAGGACGACUGUGGGGACAACUCCGACGAGCUUCCUUGCGGAACCAGCUGUACUUUCGAAGGUGACUGCUACAAGGGGUGGCGUCAAGCCAAAUCCUCUGACAAUUUUAAUUGGAUAAGAAGGCAGGGUCAGACCCCAAGUAUCGGAACAGGACCUUCGAUGGAUCACACUUUAGGAACAAACGCUGGCUACUACAUGUAUAUUGAGACCUCAUUUGGCAAUCAAGGUGACAAGGCCGAGUUGACGUCUUACGAGUACUACGCAUCCAGUCCCAACUGUAAGAUGAGCGUCUGGUACCACAUGUACGGCCAGGGCAUUGGUACACUCUCGUUCAAGGUCAAGAAACCGGACGGAACCUACGACGUCCAGUACACGCUGUCUGGUAACCAAGGCAACUCGUGGAAGAAGGCUGUGAUCGGUCUGGGUAGUUAUAAGAAGUUCGUGAUUAUCAUUGAGGCAACGCGUGGCGCAAACUACCAGGGAGACAUCGCCGUCGACGAUAUCAGCUUUGAUAAGGACUGCUUCAUUGAUGUAGCUAGGAACUGCACGGCUAAUGAGGUGCGAUGCAAGAACAGUGGUCACUGCGUCCAGCAACAACAGGUGUGCGACUUCACGGACGACUGUGGAGAUGGAACCGACGAAGACCCAACACUUUGUGCCAGCCGUACUGCAAACUGCAACUUCGAAAAGGACUGGUGUUCGUUCUACAAUUGGUAUUACGAUGACUUCGAUUGGGUCAGAGGAAAGGCACCGACAGGACCUGGGACAGGCCCCAAGGGGGAUCACACGACCGGAAGUGGACAGUUAUUGUAUAUAGACUCGUCUUCGCCAAGGCAGCCAUACGAUAGGGCACGUCUUGCAAGCAACAAGUUGUUCCCUGCCAGCCGAGGAGUUUGCACCGUACGGUUUUAUUACUCUAUGUAUGGCUCGGCCUCGAUGGGCAUUCUCAAGAUGUAUGUUAUGUUCCGCACUGGGUAUUACUACCAGUGGAGACAGGCGUGGUCAGCACGAGGCGAUUUCAAGAACCAAAACUGGAUUCGUGCUGAGGUACCGAUCAGCAUGUCCAGGGCGUUUUACAUCGGCUUCGAAGCCACCGUCGGGGGUGAUGACAAGACAGACAUCGCCCUGGAUGACAUCAGUUUCUCUGCUGGUUGCUACGCCGGUGGUACGCCUGCUCCGCCCACUGGUGUCUACAAGUGCCAGUCUAACGAGUUUUACUGCUCAAAGGACGAUCGCUGCAUCAACAUCUUCUGGAAAUGCGAUGGAGAGUCCGACUGCACAGAUGGCGAAGACGAGCAGGGUUGUGCUACCACGGCUCCGGUUAUCACCCCAUCAUUAGGGCCUCCUCAUCCAGGCGAUUGUAACUUUGAGAAGGAUAUGUGCUUGUGGACGUCUGCGACGUUUGCGGACAUGGCCUGGAGCCGGAAUAGCGGCAGAACGCCUUCAUGGAACACAGGUCCAUCUGUUGACCACACCACAGGCUCUGCACAAGGAUAUUACGUGUACGCGGAGACCAGCCCCAACAUGCUAGGACACUUCGGGGAGCUUCUCGGACCUAACAUGAUGUCGUCUAGUAGCUGUAUGAUCCACUUUUGUUACCACAUGUACGGCGCGGGUAUGGGUACCCUAAACGUGUACAUCCGCAACACGUUGGACCCUCAACCUGACGACUCACAGAGACUGAUAUGGAACACGACAGGGGAUCAUGGUGACAAGUGGUUCUGCCAGUUCCUGGACAUCCCUAGCCAGCAACAAUACUCGAUUGUUUUCGAGUCGAUCCGUGGCAGGACUUACCAAUCAGACAUCGCGCUGGACGACAUCAAGUUCGUAGGCUGCCCUACACAGCUUGGCCCCACGCCUGCUCCAACCCCGACACCUAAACCAUCUAUUCAGAACGAAGACUUCGAGGAUUGUGUCAGCUGCUGGUCCAAUGACCAGAGCGGACACGAGACGAUGGACUGGCAAAUAGGGCGUGGUAGUACCAGUACCCUCAACACUGGGCCAUCAUACGACCAUACCACCAAGACCAUAUAUGGACGAUACCUGUACAUCGAAGCAUCUGGUGCUUCAGCAUGGGCCCAUGCUGACCUGGAGAGCCGUAAACUGACUGUGUCCAAGCGGUGCUUCAUGACCUUCUGGUAUCACAUGUACGGCAGCUCCGUAGGACAACUGUACGCCGGCCUCUAUGUCAUCAAAGAUCCAAAUAACCCUGCAGUUAAAAAGGAAGUCUACAUGAUGAGUCUUUACGGUAACCAAGGUAACAAAUGGCAACAAGCUAAAGUGAAUUUGAACAGCCCAUCUGACCACGGUUUGCAGGCUCAGGUUUUUAUAUCGGCUUACCGAGGAUAUGACUACUCGGGUGACAUCGCGAUCGACGACAUCAAGUUCUACAACUGCAAGUUCCUAAACCCCACCAAGCCUUGCGAUAAUACGUUCCCCAAUUGCGAUGCUGCUCCCAUCGUACCACCCACUCUUAGGCCGGGAUCUGUGGACUGCACCUUUGAGGCCGGGUUUUGCCAUUGGAAUAACUCGGCGGUGGCAGAUAUGCCAUGGUAUCUACGGGAAGGAAAGACCGCCAGCACCGGCACUGGCCCCAGUGCGGACCACACCACAGGCACACCUAAUGGUUAUUACCUACACAUCGAGGCUAGCUGGUUCAGCAAGGGCUCCGUGGCCAUCCUUGAGGGUCCAUACAUGCUACCCACGUCCUACUGCUCAAUAACCUUCUUCUACCACAUGUUCGGCGGUGACUGCGGAUCGCUCCUGGUGUACGUGUACAGUGGCGGCGAUAUAGUCCAGGUGUUUAACGAGACCGGCGAUCACGGCGACAGGUGGAUCAACGCUAAUAUUAACAUAAAGAGUCAGUACGCGUUCCGUAUCCACAUCGUGGCGACGCGAGGAUCUAGCUACAAGGGUGACAUCGCCUUAGAUGAUAUAACCUUCGCUGGACAGUGCUCCUUUACUGACGAAACGGCCUUGACAUAUGGUCAGAACGCCCUUACGACAGGUUGUUCCGACGGCGGACGAGAAGGCUUCUUCAAUAACCCUAACCUGGCUGGCUGUAAGGGCCAAUGGUUGGGUCCCAAGAGCUUGCGGGCGUCACGUGUCAGUACUUACCCAUGCGGUGACGAUGUCGGAAGCUGGGGCAGGAUCUGUUACCAGCCCGCCGAGCUGUGCGCUAGUGGCUGGCACGUGUGUGGCACGUAUGGAGACAUCUUUGAGAUACAGAAUAGGACGACUGGCUUCGACUGCCAAACGGCGUCCUACGCCCAGCUUAGCGCCGCCAUCAAUCAUUGCAAGACCAAGGCUUAUGGAGCGGAUGGCUGCACGCGCGCAGUGACCGGGCUAGACUACGGCUGCGAUCAAUACCACAAGGACUGCUCGGAGCCACUUUGCUGCGGUUUGACAUGCGGUGGCUCAGAUAUAUGCGACUCAGGCGUCUUUCCUAAGAUGACUCGUUACGUUGUGUCAAAGAGCAACCAACAGGGUUGCCGUUACAUCGACAACUCAAACGUCGGCGGUGUUAUGUGCUGCAAAGAUGACAAAACAACCCCCACUAUAGCCCCCACGAGUGCGCCAACCGCUGGCUCGUGCAACUUUGAGAAUGGCUAUUGCGGUUGGGUCGGUCAGCCCGAUCCUGCUAACUCGCGUGCGAGGUUUAUGCGUUAUAGAGGAGAGACACCGUACAGAAACACUGGCCCGAGAUACGAUCACACUAAAGAGGACUCGACGGGCUUUUAUGUCUACAUGCCUGCGUAUCGUAUGCAACCUCGGGAGAAAGCCACCAUCACCUCGCCUCAGAUGACCCCCGUGCCAUCCAACUGCCGCAUCAACUUCUGGUACCACAUGUACGGUACAGGCAUGGGUGUGCUUACCCUAAACGUCAAUAUCGGCGGCAACAGUACCAAGAUGUUCGAGAUCGGCGGUAACCAAGGCGACGGAUGGCUUCGCGGUACAGCGGUCAUCUCCAACUUCAAUACACAGAACAAGCCGUUCACCGUUUCUUUCGUGGGCAGUCGCGGGCCUACCGCAUACGGGGACAUCGCUCUUGAUGACAUCUCCUUCACCGGCUGCAACGCUCGUCCAGGAACUUGUAACGAUGACCAGUUCCAGUGCCGUGCCAGCAAGAUCUGCAUCAAGUCCAGCUUUGUGUGUGAUGGUGUCCCUGACUGUAACGAUCACUCUGACGAAGACGACUGCCCCAACAGCGACUGUAACCUGGAACAAAUCUACUGCCCGGUGUCCCAAAAAUGCCUGAACCGCACACUUCAGUGUGACGGCAAACCAGACUGCAGUGAUUACAGCGAUGAGGCACAUUGCCGAGCUUGUGCGAACGGCUACUGCCUGCACGGUAGAUGUCGACUUGAUGGUCAAGGACGACCCGACUGCGUGUGUCCAUCCGGAUGGAAUGGUACUCGCUGCGAGAUCAAGUCCGGUUUCCAGUGCCCCGCUCCUCAGGUCGUCUGUAAGGUCGGCGACUGGUUCUGUGGAAACAAAUCCGACAUCUGUAACUCCUUGGUGGAUUGUGGGCUUAGUCCUGUGGACAAGGGCAAACUUUGUGGAUAUUGUACCGCUGGAUACUGUGCUAACGACGCCAAGUGCUCUGUGGACAACAGUGGAAACCCACAAUGCGCCUGUACAUCUGGUUGGAAGGGACCGCGUUGCACACAGCCGGAUUGCAGCAGCAAGCAGAUCGUGUGCAGUGGCAAAUGCGUAAAUAAAGAACUAGUGUGCACCGGUGUUAAGUCUUGCAGCAACCUCAAUCCAGCAGACUUGCAGAAACAAUGCGGACUGUGCUCGGACAAUUACUGUAAGAACCAGGGCGCGUGUGCUAUGCAGAGUACGGGAAUCAGGAAAUGCAUCUGCCCGCUGAGCUACACGGGCGUUUACUGUGAGACUAAAAUCCCGUCUGACUGCUCCAAUGAUGAGUUCAAGUGCCCGGAGCAGCCGAGCGGAUGUGCAGGCAGAGGUAUCUUGUGCAGCACCCAAAUGGGCAUCUGCGGCUACGACGAUGACCAGAUCAAGAGAUACUGUGGAGUCUGUUAUCCUGGAUACUGCUCUCGCCACGGCACUUGCUCGUCGAACAAUGGCACCAGAACUUGCAAGUGCUCUCCAUCGUGGAGCGGUUCAGUGUGUAGCAAGCUGAACAUCACGUGCCCAGCUGGUCUUAUCCCAUGUGCGGUUGGCGACAACGGACAAUGUGAGAACAGUACCAGCGUUUGCUCCAACAAUUACGACUGCGGGCUCACACAAGACCAGCUCAGCAACUACUGUCCACAAAUCCUGCCAUCCCAGGCGGCACAAACUGGGCGCCGCCAACGAACAACGUACAUCGCAGUAGGUGUUGCUGGUGGAAUCCUUCUAAUCAUCGUCGUGCUGAUCGUGGCUUAUUUCCUCACGAAAGGACGAAGGAAAAAGCUGCACUUAUUCAACGUGUUCUAUGACCCGACCAAACAGGACCAGGCCCAGAUGAGGGGAGCGAAAGGAGGGCCUGCAGUUUCUGAAGGUGUCGGGAAUCCUGUGUACGACUCUUUCCAAGAGGGCACUCCUCUAGAGGAGUUUCAAAUGAGUGACGUGGACACCAAUAUGUUUGUCUCUGAUGAUGCGUUCGGGAUGCCUACCGAGAAGGCAGGCGGUCCCUCAUCUAUGGCAAACCCUCUAUACCAAGAUCCAUAUCUAGAGGAAGAUCUCAGCAAAUAUUGACCAGCAGCCCAUCAACGACCUGUCGAUCCUCCUCAGCACGCGCGUACAACGACACGAUGCCACUGAAACACGUGGAUCGAUGAUUCUCGUAGGAAUGAUAGUUUAGUUAGAAAAUAGCUUUUUAAGUCCUGAGAAUUUUUUUAUUCUGUACUCAAUUCUUAUAUCGGCAUUAACGAAGAUUUGCAAGAUACUUAGCCACGCACAUUAACUUGACGAUCGCAUGGCAGAAUAUCUUACGUUAGCAAGUGGUUUAUUUUGCAUCGAAUUUUUGUUAUAUUUUUACGAUGUCAUUCUCUAUUGUAAUUAUUGACUCGAGUGAAGUAUGAUUAACUCUUGACUCAAAAUGUUAAUUAAUGAAAAUUAUUUUAUAUACAAUAAAGGCCUUUGCCAUUUCUUAAA